AUGGCGGGAAACCCCUUCCGCCUGGCCCUGAACGUGGGCAAGACCUUGGCGCUCGGCCACGUCUUCGUCGAAUACGGUUACCACUCUGCGCCCGCGUCCGGCCCUUCCAUGCUCCCGACUUUCGAGGUCACUGGUGAUUAUCCCCUCACGGACAAACGAUAUCGCUACGGCCGCAAUGUCAAGGUCGGCGACCUGGUCCACUACAAGAUCCCCAUCUUCCCAGAGUCCGACGGCAUCAAGCGUGUGCUGGGCAUGCCGGGCGACUAUGUCUUGAUUCACAGCCCCGACUCGGAGAGGCACCAGAUGAUCCAGAUUCCUCAAGGACACUGCUGGCUGGUCGGUGACAAUCUCGAGGCCUCUAGAGACUCGCGGAUGUUCGGGCCUGUACCGUUGGCUCUCGUUAGAGGUAAGGUGGUGGCCAAGCCAUUGCCUAUACCCGGAUCGUGGAUGAACAACGGACUCCGCGAUUUCGGAGAGGGCAGGAGGUGA